AUGGCCUUAACAAUAUCACAACACACAAGAGAAUAUAUCACUCAAAUCUUUUCUCUAUUGGGAGUUCUUUGCAGUGCUUUGAUAAUUUGGAAAUCUGUUUCAAUCUAUUCCAAUUGUCAAUCACCAAUUGUUGUUGUGUUGACUGGCAGCAUGGAACCAGCAUUUUACAAGGGUGAUAUUCUAUUCCUUUCCCUUUCAUCGGAACCUAUUCAUAUUGGUGAUAUCAUUGUCUAUAAAUUGGAAUCAAAAGAAAUUCCAAUCGUUCACAGAGUGAUUCGACUUCACAAUACUAAAGCUCAAACAAAUCUUUUUAGUGGAAUACAGGAUAAGGAUGUAAAAAUUCUAACAAAAGGAGACCACAACCAAUUCGAUGAUCGAUACGGAAUAUAUGGUACUGAUUUGCAAUGGUUAGAUCGAUCUCAUAUUAUUGGAAGAGUUAACUUUAUGCUGCCCUAUUUAGGAUAUGCAACAAUUAUUAUUACUAACUAUCCAAUUGUUAAAUAUAUUGUAAUUGGAGUGUUGAUCCUACUGGUACUUUCGAAUAAGGAAUAA